GAUGCGGAGGAGGCGAACAAUUGCCUUAAUCGCAGCGAGCCGAGCGCUGAUCUACGCAAGAAGUUUCAGUCGCGUGCUCUGGCGCCAUUGCCAAAGAAAGCUUAUGCCAUUGACGCCGCCGAAACGGAGCCGAAGGAGCAAAAGAAGAGCGCCGGAGCAAAAGAAGAGCACCGGAGCUCAAGAGCCGCGUGCGCUGCAGUUUACCUCAAGCAUUGAGAAAGUCAAAGAUUACGGCUGGUAUUGGGGUCCAUUGUCCAGCGAGGCCGCCGAGAAGGUGCUCUCCAAUGAGCAUGGCUCGUUCAUUGUGCGUGACAGCUCCGAUGAUCAUUACAUAUUCUCGUUGAGCUUCAAGCUAAACAAUUCCGUGCGCCAUGUGCGCAUCGAACAGGAUCAGGGCACAUUCUCGUUUGGCUCGUAUGCCAAGUUCAAAUCCCAAACUAUAACCGAGUUCAUUGAGAAGGCGGUCGAACAUUCGCGCAGCGGCAGAUAUUUAUUCUUCCUGCAUCGUCGACCGGAGCAUGGACCAAUGCGCGUGCAAUUAACCAAUCCAGUAUCUAGAUUUAAGCAUGUACAAAGCUUGCAGCACAUGUGCAGAUUUGUUAUACUCAAGGCGGUUAUACGAAAGGAUCCGAUAUCUCUGGAAAUAGGCGGACAUUGUGGUUUUGGAAGCCCACAGAAGAACUCUGUGCUUAACACGAUAGCAACCGACUCCUUGACUCUAGCGAGCCCGUCCGUUCAUUUGUUGCCGGCUUAUCAGGGAAAAGUGUGAAUCAUGUUGCAGGCCGAGGGCUGCUGCUGCUAAUAGAUUGACUAGCCUGAGGAGAAAGAGCCCGAAUGCAGAACAGAGUUGAUUUUUGUUGUUGGGCAGAAGCAGCAUACAAUCCACCACCGACGGCAGCGAAUGAAAAAUGUUUACAACAACAACAAACCCUACAAUGACUU